GGAAAUGAUUUUACGUAAAGAAUUAGCUUAUUCAGAGCGCUAGAACGUAAACUACAUAGUUUGCUUGAAAUCAAUGAGGAACGUUGAACAUUUUAAACGGUACAAACAACCCUUGGCAACCACCUAAGUGUUUUCUGUCGUCCACUUUAAUUAAAGUCGUCGAAUUAAUCGCACGUUCCUCUCUGAUUAUUGUUUCUCGGGUGUUCAGUGGGAAAAAGCGCACUCAAAUUCGUAGAAAGUAACAUAACGUGAUUUGUCGAUUGGUCUACGUGGUUAGGGGGUGAAGUGUACGUAGAAAUGUUAGGGGUGAAAGAAUAUAUGUUCACAGCCUAUAAAUGCCAACGAAAUCCUGGCUACGAUCUCAGUACCCUUGCAAUGUUGCUGGGAACCUGAUGAAAUUGAAGCAUGAUGAGAAAAAAGAUUUUUGUAAAUUGAAAAAGAAGAAGAAUAUCAAAAAGACAGAAAAAUGGACGAAACUAUUAUUGACUCGAUCUUCGCGGGAUCUUUGAAGUCCCUACCACCUGUUAGCUCUAAAAUCGUCAGAAUAUUUACCAGCUCCACUUUCACCGAUACGGCGAUGGAGCGAAACACAUUAAUGGCGCAGUGUUAUCCAAAGCUGAAGGAUUAUUGCAGAGAAAAACAUGGAUUGGAGUUUCAGGUGGUUGACAUGAGAUGGGGUGUAAGGGACGAAGCCACAGACGAUCACAUGACUACGGAACUCUGCAUGAGGGAAAUAGAAAAUUGUCAGAGACUCUCAAUGGGCCCAAACUUCGUGGUGUUCCUGGGUCAGAAAUAUGGCUAUCGUCCCAUUCCAACGUAUGUUCUCAGUUCGGAAUUGGAAAUGUUGAGGACAGAAUUGGACGGUCAAGGGAUGGACGUCAGUCUGUUGGAUAAAUGGUACAAAAAGGAUAGUAAUGCAGUUCCACCUACGAGUAUCUUGCAACCGAUAUCGUCCAUCUUGAAAAAUUUUAAUAACAAAAGGAUCCCAAAGCUACAGCAAGAGGACCAGGCGAUUUGGUGGGACACUAUGGUAAAAAUGCAAAAGCUAUUCCGUAAAGGAGCACAGUCUUUGUACAAUUCCGAGAAAUUUGACAAAGAUACCAUGCACAAUUAUUUUAUGUCAGUGACUGAAAGGGAAGUGAUCAACGGUAUCUUGAACGUGAAAAAUACUAAAAACCAUUGCCUGGCAUACAUACGAUACAUCAACAACAUCAACCUACAAAACUUAAGGAAAGCCAAUUUAUUCUUGGACAUCGCUAACAGAAGCUUAGAUAACGAGGCUUCCAAGUUGCUGGCGAAUUUGAGGGACGAAAGACUUCCGGACAAGAUCGAAACUACAAACUUGCAAAGAUACACGGUAGAAUGGAUUGGUCGAGAAGGUUUGGACCCAGAAACCCAUAGCGAGUACCUUCAGCACUUUAUAACGCAUUUCUAUCGAAACAUAGUGAAGCUUGUGGAUCGUGCCAUGAGAAAAGAAGACAGUUCGGCACAGGGACAGAUCAUAACAGAAAUUUUGCAACAUUUGCACGCCUGUAAUAACUCUGUGAAGGUAUUUUACGGCCGAGAAGAUACAUUGGAGAGAAUUAAAGAGUACAUGUUAGGUGAUAGUGACAAGCCUUUGGUAUUGUACGGAGAAGGUGGGUGUGGGAAAACGUCUCUGUUAGCAAAGAGCGCAGGAUUGACGAGCAGCGCGUGGCUCACUGGCAGAAAACCAAUCAACAUAAUUCGAUUCCUUGGAACUACACCAGACAGCAGUGCGCUGACACCCACGCUGAUUUCCAUUUGUCAACAAAUCUCCUACAACUUCAUGUUACCCUUUGAUGAAAUUCCUGACGAUUUGGUGCCGCUAACUGCUUACUUUAAGUAUCUACUAACUUUAGCUACAACUGAGCAGCCGAUUUUACUAUUCCUGGACAGCGUCGAUCAAUUAACCGGAGUACAAGGAAAUAAGCUAUCUUGGUUGCCUACCAGACUUCCAUUGAAUUGCAAGAUGAUUCUAUCUUGCGCGGCUGAAGAAUCAAACCCGGUGAUCUCUCGAGAUUAUCAAUUACUACGAAGGAUGAUAGACACCGAGGAGAAUUUCAUCGAAGUCGUCGCUCUUGGCGAGGAUCUUGCUAUGGAAGUGAUAAGGAUGUGGAUGAAAACAGCUCACAGAGACUUGAACAACUAUCAAUGGCGUCUCGUGGCGAACGCUAUAUCCAAGUGCUCCUUACCAAUCUUCGUGAAGCUGGUCUUUGCAGAAAUUUGCAGAUGGAGGAGCUACACUAAACCAGCUGAUACUCAUUUAACGUGCACAGUGAUGGACAGUAUUAUGAUGCUUUUCGAAAGAAUAGAGAAACAACAUGGAAAAAUUCUAGUAUUCCAUGCGCUAGCUUACAUCACUGCUGCAAAGUCAGGUUUAUCAGAGUCUGAACUCGAAGAUCUGAUCUCCUUGGACGACAAGGUGUUAGAUGACGUCUAUCAGUAUCAUUUGCCACCAGUCAGAAGAAUUCCACCUUUGCUCUGGACCAGGAUACGAAACGAUUUGCCUAAUUAUUUGAGCGAAAGAGAAGCUGAUGGUGUCAGUGUCCUUAAUUGGUACCACAGACAAUUUAGGGACACCGCUAAGGAAAGAUACUUUAAAAAUAUGAACAUGGCCAUGUAUUUCCAUUCGAUGAUCGCUGAUUACUAUCUUGGCAUUUGGGGUGGUGGACGACCCAAACCAUUUAAAUACACUGAAAUUCAGAGACACAGGUUUAAUUUGGCGGACAAAGAAGGAGUGGCGGAUAGAAAAGUACCGGAACAACCUCUGGCAUUUUACUCGAAGGAUGGGACAAUCACUAGAUACAAUCUAAGAAAGUUCGGUGAACUACCUUUCCAUUUGGUCAGAUCACGACGUUUCAACGAUCUGUUCGAGAACGUUUUGUUCAACUACGAGUGGCUGCAUGCCAAACUAAGCUCCUGUCCGCUGCAAGCAGUGCUUUCGGAUUUCGAAGAUGCCUGUAAUUUCAUCGACGAUCAAAAUAUCGUCAGGGAACUUAUGCUGGUUGCAGAUGCGCUCAGAUUAGGAGGUGCAAUUUUGGGAUCCCAUCCAGAUAUGCUCGCACCUCAACUAAUAGGUCGAUUAUUGCCAGAAAUUGGUGGGAACGUGAAUGUGAAGAUGUUGCUUCGAGCGUGUGAUAACGACGGCGCCAAGGAUUGCGCCCUGCUUCCGGUUUAUCAUUGUCUACAUACUCCUGGAGGACCGUUGAAAUAUUCGCUGGAGGGCCAUCAAUUCGCCGUGUUUGACUUUUGCCUAACGUCGGAUUACCGGUACGUCGUCUCGAUAUCCAAUCGAUUCAUCACCUGGGAUCUGAGCACCAGCGACAUGGCAAGGGAUGUAAAUCCUGGUGUUGAGGGAAUUAUGCAACACCUAGUUCUCAGUCCUGAUAAUAGAUACGCAGCUGCGUUUACCACUAAUAAUCAGAGCGUCGUGUUAAAUACCCUGACGAGCGAGUUCGUUAUUAUCGAUAAUCCGCUUCCAAAUGAGGAACCAGUGUGCGGAGUACAUCUGAUGAAUCAGUUCUUCUUCGUUUAUGGUAAAUUAGGUUGGUGUAGAUUCGACUUACGAGGAAAUCUACUAGAUACACACACGAAUCCGGAGGAUUCUAACAAAUGGCCAAUUUUGUGCGUCGAACACACGAAUCUGGAUGAUUAUAGAAUAGUAUUCUGGUCUGGAAACAUGGAAGACACCAGUAUGCUUUUGCAUACCUACAGAAAAAAGAUAUCACUGGAACCCUUAAAUUUCCAUAGCGUUAUGGUAAUGACCAAUAACAAACAAGUUUUAUACGCUUGUACAACUAAAGGAGAUUAUCGAGUCACGAAAUACACCAGCGAUGAAACGUCCUCUCAAUGGGAGAAAGUUUUCGACAUGCCCAGAGCUUUCAACGACGAUGUGGAAUACUUGUUGCAAUUGAAGCUAGACAGGGAAGAGGAGAUGCUCCUAGCCACAAGUGCCAAUGGUUUCAUCGUGUGGUUCUUAGAAAGUAAGAGCGACGCAUACGUCCUGAUAUUGCCCAACGGAGUUCGAAACAUCAGCACGAAGAUGAUGUGCUCGAAUUCGAUCAUGGUCAGUGGCAACAAGAAUUACGCCGUUGCCGGUGUAAGAAAAAAUUUAUACGUGUGGAAUCUUGAAACAGCUGAAUUGGUGAAGAUCCUGGAUGCUCAUUUCGCGAGGAUUAUUCGACUGGAAGCGCUGACUAUUGGAAAUUGGAACAGCGUCGUAACAUCGAGCAUCGACAGAAGCGUGAAAGUAUGGAACAUAAAUAAUAUCUUCGAGCAGGUUCAUGUAAUAGACAGACACGAGUUGCAGAUUGAUAUGAUAAGUUUGGCAGAAGAAUGUAACUUAGCAGUUACAGUGACAAGAGACUGUGUAGGAAUUUGGGACUUGCAAACAGGAAGACUGAUCUCGAAAUUGGCGGAUAGUCCUUUAGGAGCAAUUGUCACUCACGCUUGCAUAACUCACGAUGGAAGAUAUAUUGUAUCGACAGAAUCAGGUAAUAUACUAAUAUGGAACAGAAUUACAGAACAGAUGUUGUUCAAAGAGGAACAGCAGCACGUGAGACAGCUGACAUUGGUCGAAAAUUCGUCUAAAUUUAUAGCCGUUUCGAGGCCGAAAAAUCCUGCAGGGGUGGAAAGCAUGAAAAUCACUGCUACUCUUUUUAUGAGAACUAUUCCCGAUGGAAAGACUACGUUUACAUUGGAAUAUUUAGUCAGAAGUCAUACAGGUACAUCAUUUCGAAAUGUUGUGAUGACUUCUGACAAUUCUUUUCUGAUUGCUCCAGCAGCUGAUAAAGGCAACAGGGAUUGUGUUAUCAUUUACAAUGCAAAUACUGGAGCGCUAAUAAGUAAAAUUCCAAUAAAAUUACCAGGGUUCAAAGAUAUUUCAUGUAUCACUCCAAUGCCAAAUAAACCACACUGGAUAGGAAUCAUUGGAUCUGACAAAGGUACCAUUUUGGACAUAAAUAAAAAGAAAAUUAUCCGUACGAUCCCCAAAUGGAGUGGAAAUAUCAGCAGAGAUGGGAAAUAUACUUUAUACGCACCCAGCAGAGGUGGUUUAGAGCUCCUUGAAUUGAAAAAAGGAACUACUGUAAAGACAUAUAUUCCAAAAGUUGCAGAGGGUGUUUUCACUGUAAUAUCCAUGUUCAACCGUACCGACGAAUAUGUUCUUUAUUACCAUAGUGGAAGAAAAACUAUACGUGUAUUUAGAUCAUCAGACUGUGAAAUUAUAGCAAACUACAGAGUUCAAGCAGAACUGAGUGCUAUCGAUAGCACUUAUGAUGGUAAGAGUAUAGUCUUAGGAACAGUAGAUGGUUGUGUAUCUGUUUUAGCUAUAGCAGAUCCUAAAAAGGAAGAAAUAAAGGAGUACAUUGCAAACUUACCAUCUCGCGAUGAAAACUGGAAAAAGAAAACUGAGAAGCAACGAGUAGCUAUUAAAUUUAAAGCAGCUGCUCGUAUUGCUCGUGUAACACACGACUUGAGUGCUAUUAUAAGAAAUUCAGACAUUGCGGAAACGAUUCAGGAAUUAGAUGAAAAUGUAGAAUAAAGAAUAUAGAAUAGAUUAUUUUUAUAGAAAACUUGUUUAGUACAGAUAACAUAGCGUAAUAUAGCACGAUAGUAUGUCUCUUUGGUAGAAAUUUCCGAUCAAGGAAUAAUAAAUGUAAAACGUUAAUAAUAGAA